AUUUGAGUCUUCUUAGGGAAAAAUAUUGUUGAAAGUACACAUGAGAAGGCUGGUGAGUGGAGAAGGAAGUUCUUUCUGGAGUCGUGGUCAUAACAAGUAAGGACACAGUCCAGCACCAAGGUAUCUCAUUAACAAUGGAAGGAUCAGUAAAUCUGCAGCUUAGUGCCAAAAGUGUGGGUGUGUUCGAAGCUUUCUAUAACUCUGUCAAGCCUAUUCAAAUUAUUAACAGCACUAUUGAAAUGGUAAAACCAGGGAAACUUCCCAGUGGCAAGACAGAAAUUCCAUUUGAAUUUCCAUUGCAUGUGAAGGGGAACAAAGUUCUGUAUGAGACAUAUCAUGGUGUCUUUGUUAAUAUUCAGUAUACCCUACGGUGUGAUAUGCGACGUUCUCUGCUAGCAAAAGACCUAACUAAGACUUGUGAAUUCAUUGUCCACUCACUGUCACAGAAAGGGAAACUGAUGCCAAGCCCAGUAGACUUCACAAUUACUCCUGAAACUUUGCAAAAUGUUAAAGAGAGAGCUUCACUUCCAAAAUUUCUCAUCAGAGGUCAUCUCAGUUCUACAAACUGUAUCAUUACACAGCCACUAACAGGGGAGCUGGUAGUGGAGAAUGCAGAGGCUGCAGUCAAAAGUAUUGAGCUGCAGUUAGUACGCGUGGAAACCUGUGGGUGCGCGGAAGGUUACGCCAGAGAUGCCACAGAGAUACAGAAUAUUCAGAUUGCUGAUGGGGAUGUCUGCAGGGGCCUACCAAUUCCUAUCUACAUGGUGUUUCCCAGGUUGUUCACCUGCCCUACCCUGGAAACAACAAACUUCAAAGUUGAGUUCGAAGUUAACAUUGUUGUCCUUCUGCACGAUGAUCAUCUCAUCACAGAGAACUUCCCGCUGAAGCUCUGCAGGAUGUAAAUAGCCAGAGGAGAAUCACUUCGGGAUUUACUGAAAAAGGACAAAAUUCUUCAGGCGCAAAGUGAAAUUUUAUCCAUGUCUUAUUUUAACUGAGAACACAUCACUUCCUUCUCCCUGCUGGUAGUUCUUGUGCUUUCAGUUCUCUCUACAUCUUGCUAAGACUUUGCCCGCCUUGCGAUAGCCUACAUGGAUGUAUCUAUCCAGCCAGCCUUGUCACGUGUCUUUCUGACUUCAACCACCAUGUUUUCUGCAAUUUUUCUCAGACAAAUCCUGAAGGAAUGAUCCUGUAUAUUUCUACAACUUGUAGAAAUAUGUCUGAGUUUCUUUCCUUAUUUCAUUUUGUAAUACUUGUUCCAAAGUCCUUUAAAGACCUCUUAAACCUAGUAAGUCCUGUUAUACAUGGUAUAUAUAUACUGGGGGGAGGGUAUGGGACUUGUAAUAUAAUACUGAAUAGUGUCUUUGAAGGUAUAAUAAAUGGUGCUACAACAAUGCACGGUGGUGGUGUGGGAUGAGUAUCGCAAGAUGAAUGUGAAAUAAGUGAUGUGAAAUAACACCAAGUGUGUUUUGGUCAAAUGGGGAAUAUGAGUCUGUAGUGGAGGAACGCUUAGAACUGAAGUUGUUGUUUUGUGUGUGGUUUUUCCCUGGGUUCUUCCCUGGAUUAGAAAAACAAUGCCCUUAAGUUAUCAUCUUUGUGAUUUGUGUAAAAUAGCACUGAAAAAGAAGAUCAGUCCAAAGUUUUUAGUUUGAGAAUAUACUUAUUCUUUGCAUUAUACCAUCUUCCCUUUAUGAUAGUUCUACAGCUCAGU